ACAGUCAUGAUGAAGCUCGCCUUUCUGCUGUUCGCCCUGGUGGCCCUCUCCGAGUGCCUGCACAAGAUUCCCCUGAAAAAGGGAAAGACGGCGAGGGAGGUCCUGCAGGAGCAGGGACUGUGGGAGGAGUUUAGGAGGAGACACCCCUACAAACCUAUGGCCAAGUUUGCCAGCAACUUCGCCAACACUGAAAAGAUGACCAACGAUGCUGACCUUGUAUACUAUGGUGUCAUCUCCAUUGGAAACCCACCACAGUCCUUCACUGUAUUGUUCGACACUGGCUCCUCCAACCUAUGGAUACCAUCCGUCUACUGCUCCAGCGUUGCUUGCAGUAACCAUGCUAAAUUCAACCCAAAAGGCUCCAAAACUUUCAAGUCGACAUCUAAUUCGGUGUCCAUCCAGUAUGGGACUGGGAGCAUGACUGGAGUGCUGGGAUACGACACCGUUGAGGUUGCUGGGAUCAUCGUUCGCAACCAGAUCUUUGGUCUGAGUCAGACGGAGGCUCAAUUCAUGUAUUACAUGAAACCUGAUGGGAUCCUGGGACUUGCCUUCCCUUCACUUUCUUCUUCUGGUGCCACCCCAGUCUUCGAUAAUAUGAUGAGCCAGAGGCUGCUUUCUCAGGACCUGUUUUCCGUCUACCUGAGCAGCGAUAGUAACGAUGGCAGUGUGGUGAUCUUUGGUGGGAUCGACUCUUCAUAUUACACAGGUUCCAUUUACUGGAUCCCACUGUCUUCUCAAUCCUACUGGCAGAUCACCAUGAAAAGUGUGACUAUCAACAAAAAAGCUGUUGCUUGCAAUGGUGGCUGCCAAGCUAUUGUGGAUACCGGCACCUCCUACAUCGUUGGACCAAGCAGUGACGUGCAAAACCUCCUGAACUCUUUGAGGGCUUCUGUGGAUCAAAAUGGAGACGCAUUCGUGAACUGCAACAGCGUGGGAUCUAUGCCUGACCUGACCUUUACCCUUGGUGGAUAUGCCUUCAGUAUCCCUCCCUCUGCUUAUGUUUCUCAGACCAGCAGUGGAUGCAUGCUUCGCAUUAGUACCGGUGGCUUUGGCCAGCUCUGGAUCCUGGGUGACGUCUUCAUCAGAGAGUUCUACAGCAUCUUUGAUAGGGGCAACAAUCGAGUGGGUCUUGCUAAAGCUGUGUGA